AUGGCGCUGAGGGCCAAGGCGAAAGAAAGAAUAGACAAAGCUCCACCCCAUAGCUUCCUGAUCGAUGCAUUCAACCGUCGACACACGUACUUGCGCCUGUCGUUGACAGAGAAGUGCAACCUCCGCUGCCGGUACUGCAUGCCCGCAGAGGGUGUCCCCGUCUCACCUAGCGACGCCCUCCUCACAUCCGAAGAGCUCCUUCGGGUCGCGAGAUUAUUCGUUCGCGAAGGAGUGACCAAAAUCCGACUGACAGGGGGGGAGCCCACCCUGAGGAAGGAUCUCGUGGAGAUAGUCCGUGGUCUAGGCCAGCUCAGGGCAGAGGGUCUGCUUCAGCUUGGCAUCACGACAAACGGUCUCGCCCUUCAGCGCAGCAUUGACGAGCUCGUGGACCUCGGCCUCACGCAUUACAACUUCUCGUUGGAUACUCUCAACCCAUAUUCAUUUGAGCUGAUGACUCGGCGACCAGCUGCAGGCCUAGACAAGGUCCUAAAUAGCAUCGCCCGGGUCGCAUCUUUCUCACAAACGGUGGUCAAGAUCAACGUCGUGGUCAUGCGGGGCUUCAAUGACCAAGAAGACCUCAAGGACAUACUGAACUGGGCUAAAGAUCUGCCGAUAAUCGUUCGAUUCAUCGAAUACAUGCCGUUCGACGGUAACAAGUGGAGCCGGAACGCCCUGGUACCCUACCGGACGUUGUUGGAAAGGAUCGAGCAGUGGUUUGGGCCCGCUCAAAGGCUUUGCGAUGGCCCCAACGACACGACGAAGCACUACAAGAUUGCGGGUGCAAGAGGAAGCUUUGGAUUCAUAACAAGCAUGAGCGAACACUUUUGCGGUUCGUGCAAUCGCCUCCGCAUCACGGCCGACGGUAAUGUAAAGAACUGCCUUUUCGAUGGGGAAGGGGAGCUUUCGCUCAAGGCUGCUCUCAGAAGCCCUGCCUCCCACGACGAUCACCUCAAAGAAAUCAUCGGUCGGGCAGUUGGUCGCAAACAUGCUCGCCAUGGUGGAGUGGGAAGCCUAGAGGACCUGGCGAAGAACAUCAAUCGACCGAUGGUCCGUAUUGGAGGCUGA